GCUAGAAAAGAAUGCUGGAUCAGACUGCCUUUUCUAGUCAACAAUUUAACGUCACAGAAUUCCAGCACUGAAGUCCAUUAAAGCAUGAAAUAUAUAAACACUGUUUAUCAUAACAUUCGUGAUUGAUAAAAUAUACUCACAGAAGAAUUGAAUUAAAUAACGCGAAACGUAACAAGCAAUACACAAAAUCCACUGAUUUCCCGAAGCACGCAACAGGAAUGCGAGGCGUCACUGACACACCGCAUUUUCUUUUUCUUAAAACAGCAUUUAGCCGCCAUUUUACGAAACCUUCAGAAGCUGCUGCAACAUCUGUUGAGAAAAUGGCUCCCUAGAACGCCACCAAGGCGCGGCAGGGAGAGGGGUGUAUAUGCAGAACACGCGCUGGUCGCGUGGGUGAAUCGCGUGGAGGAAGGGUACAGGACGGAGGGGCACACGUGCGUUACAAAGGAAGGGGGGAAGGGACCGGGAGGGGGAAUCGCGCGCUCGCACCUCACUCACACACACACACACCCCUCGUUCCUACGGAUGAUCCAUGGGGCUUCGGUAUCUUCCAGAACGGAGAGAACAAGACGACCCCAACACACGACUUCUGCCCGCGCACGCGCAUAACAACCCCCCUCCCCAAAAUAUAACCGGUUGGGGGAGGCGGAGUAAGGAAACGCGGGGUGAAGCCGCACCUCUCUUUCUCUCAGGAGAGUACGCGUCUCUGCCAGAGAGCGUGAUUCCACGUGUCACGUGGCCCUGGCUCGCCCAAUCGCCGAGAGAAAUGACGAGCCUUGUAUGCUUUGCGCAGAGUGCGCACUGAGGAGAAGCGGUGCGGCUGUGCGGACCAAGAGUUGAUGCGGCAGUGGAGAAAAGAAGACUGGGAAAGAACGAGCGCGGCGUCUCUCUCUUUCUUCUUCCUCGCGAUAUAUUCGUAUAUCGAGAGAGAAGUAAUUCAGGAAUUGCGGGGGGAAGAGAAAGCGGUGGGGGGACGGUAAAGGAAGGUCCGUGCCUUCCUUGCGGUGCUGUGACGCGAAAAGAAUACACGAUCAAGGAGGUUCUGAGGAGAGCUGUCGCGCGCGCUUGCUUUUCUGAGCAGACCCGUGGCGGGAAGGGCGCGCGCCUUUCGAUAAGAUUCUGGCAGCCUCGCUUCUCGCGCUCCAGAUUCUAGGAAAGCUCGUGAGGGCGGGGUACGCGCGCGCGCGCUUGUUCUUCUUGGGCGUGGGCGGCGUGUAGUUGAUAGGCGCUACAGGAUCCAUCAUGGCAUUCUCCAACUACAGCAGCCUGCAGCGUGCUCAGCUGACUUUCGACUAUCUUCAUACCAACUCAACCACACAUGAAUUCUUGUUUGGGGCCCUUGCUGAACUUGUUGAUAAUGCAAGAGAUGCAGAUGCCACAAAAAUAGACAUCUUUACUGAACAUCGAGAAGACCUGAGGGGUGGAUUCAUGCUCUGUUUCUUGGAUGAUGGAGCAGGAAUGGACUCAAAUGAUGCUGCAAGUGUGAUUCAGUUUGGUAAAUCUGCUAAACGAACACCAGAAUCAACCCAAAUUGGACAGUAUGGAAAUGGCUUGAAAUCGGGCUCCAUGCGGAUUGGCAAGGAUUUCAUUCUCUUCACUAAGAAAGACAACACCAUGACUUGCCUUUUCCUGUCUCGUACAUUUCAUGAAGAAGAAGGAAUUGAUGAGGUAAUUGUUCCUCUACCCACCUGGAAUGCUCGUACUGGGGAGCCCUUAACAGACAACAUGGAGAAAUUUGCCAUUGAGACUGAACUGAUUUACAAAUAUUCUCCCUUCAAAUCAGAGCAAGAAGUAAUGGAGCAGUUCAGGAAGAUUCCUGGGGAUAAAGGGACUCUGGUGAUCAUUUUCAACCUUAAACUAAUGGAUAAUGGAGAACCUGAACUGGAUGUUACUUCUGACCCAAGAGAUAUCCAGAUGGCUGAAACUCCACCAGAGGGGACAAAACCGGAGCGUCGUUCCUUCCGUGCAUAUGCCGCUGUACUGUACAUUGAUCCCAGAAUGCGAAUCUUCAUCCAUGGACACAAAGUACAAACCAAGCGCCUUUCCUGUUGCUUGUACAAGCCUCGGAUGUAUAAAUAUGCUUCCAAACGCUUCAAGACCAGAGCAGAACAAGAAGUGAAAAAAGCUGAGCACAUGGCUCGGAUAGCGGAAGAGAAAGCUCGAGAAGCAGAAAGCAAAGCCCGUGCGUUAGAGCUGCGCCUGGGAGGAGAUCUUACAAGAGAGUCCAGGGUUAUGUUGCGCCAAGCCCAGAACAUGGCAAUAACCAUGCGCAGAGAGGCUGAUGUCAAGAAGAGGAUCAAAGAGGCAAAGCAGCAGGCACUGAAGGAACCCAAAGAGCUCAACUUCAUCUUUGGUGUGAACAUAGAGCAGCGGCAUUUGGAUGGAAUGUUUGUCUACAACUGUAGCCGGCUGAUUAAGAUGUAUGAGAAAGUGGGCCCGCAGCUGGAGGGUGGCAUGGCAUGUGGUGGUGUUGUAGGAGUGGUGGAUGCCCCCUACUUGGUUUUGGAGCCUACGCAUAACAAGCAGGACUUUGCAGAUGCCAAAGAGUAUCGGCACCUGCUAAGAGCAAUGGGAGAACAUUUGGCUCAGUACUGGAAGGAUGUUGAAAUUGCUCAGAAGGGCAUUAGCAAGUUCUGGGAUGACUUUGGCUAUUUAUCAGCUAACUGGAACCAACCUCCAUCAAAUGAGUUACGUUACAAGCGUCGGAGAGCCAUGGAGAUCCCCACUACCAUUCAGUGUGACAUGUGUCUGAAAUGGCGGACCCUCCCCUUCCAGCUGAGUGCUGUGGAACAAGAGUACCCAGAUACUUGGGUGUGUGCAAUGAACCCUGAUGCUGAACAAGACAGGUGUGAUGCUCCUGAACAGAAGCAGAAAGUGCCUCUAAGCGUCUUGAAGAAAGAGAAAUCAGCAGAGGACAAGCAGAAGGAACUGACAGAGAAAAUUCGCCAACAUCAAGAGAAGCUGGAGGCCUUACAGAAAACUACACCAAUACAUUCCCAAGCUGACUUGAAAAAACUACCUCUGGAAGUCACCACACGACCUGUGCUAGAGAAUUCAGAUCUAGUGAGCAGACCACAGCGGCCACGGUCUCCUCCAUUACCUGAUGUGAUUAAAAAUGCUCCUAGCAGGCCCCCAGCUCCACUGCCCCUUCCCAGGCCCAUCUUCCAGCACAAAAAGGGCCCCCCAGCUCGGCCAGCCGUUAACUCCUCCCGAUCACAGAGCCUGACAUUCAGGGAAGAAUUCAGCAUUUCCAGAACACAGCCCCAUACUGUGGCUCACGGGAGAUCUACAGCCACCCUUGUAAGGCCACCGCCCAAACCUCUGGCAGUAGGGAGGGCAUCCCCGGUACUACUUCAGAACUCCAAGAGCCAGCUCAGACCCCCCAGCCCGAAACACUCAAAGCUGCUUGUGUUACCAAAGAAGCCCCACGCUUUCAGGCAUCCCCAGGCUUCCAGUUCCCGGAAAAGAAGCAUUAGUGCGAUUGAGGAUGAAUCAGAGGAGGAGGCAGGACCAAAAAAAGACAGAAGGAAACUCGGCAAACAUGUAACAGUUAAAGAAGAGAAAAAGGAUUCCAAUGAGGUGGUGGUGGAGCUCACAGACAGUGCAGGGGAAGAAGAGUCAGCAGAACUGAAAAGAGCUCAGAAAGAUAAAGGGCUGCACGUGGAAGUACGAGUGAACAAAGAGUGGUACACAGGCCGUGUUACAGCUGUGGAGGUUGGCAAGAAAGUCGUCCGCUGGAAAGUGAAGUUUGAUUAUGUCCCUACGGAUGUCACCCCAAGAGAUCGCUGGGUAGAGAGAGGUAGUGAGGAUGUGCGGUUGAUGAAGCCUCCCUCUCCAGAACAUCAAAGUCCAGACACACAACAGCAGCAGGAAGUUGUCGCAGCCCAACCAUCUACCUCGGAGUGUGUCCGAACUGAGCCAGACACCACUGCCUCCACCAGCAGCAACCACGAGACUGUAGAUCUGUUAGCCCAGGCACUCCGGAAUUGUUUGCGGUAUUUCUUGCCCCCGCGUUUCCCCAUCUCCAAGAAGGAGCUGAGUUCCAUGACUUCAGAAGAACUGGUGGCUUUUCCUCUGAAAGACUAUUUUAAGGAGUAUGAGGCGGGUCUACAGGAGUUGUGUAACUCAUACCAGACCAAGGCUAACGACAAGGCCAGAGCCUGUGAAGAAAAGCUCCUCGUUGAGGAACAGAAGCUUGCAGAGACCAAGGAAAAACUCCAGAAGUUGAGAACUAACAUAGUGGCGCUACUUCAAAAGGUGCAAGAGGACAUCGACAUCAAUACAGAUGAUGAACUGGAUGCUUACAUUGAGGACCUAAUCACCAGGGGAGACUGAGCAUUCCAGAUUCCAGCACCAGAGUGGAAUGGCCAGGGAGUCGAUCGCCAUGUUCUACAGAACAUGAAUAUAUGUAGGGAGAGCAGCCCAGGGCAGUAUGGGGGCCAGCAACAUUAGAGACCAUGUACUGUUACAGUCUGUGUUUGGUGUAUGACUUGUUCUUGUGGGAUUUUUAAAAAAAACAAUGCAAGAGGGGUUAGUGCUGUUGGAAGCUUUUUAGGCUUUGUUUAUAAACAUUUUUUUAA